AUACACACACACACGGACACACGCAGGGCUCGGCUCCACCUCGCUCGGCGGGUGUGUGAAGAGGAUCCAGCCCGUUAUUUCAAGGUUAUCUCCUGCAGGAGCCUCACUGCUCGGAUCCUAUGGGAAUUCUGAUAACCGCGAUCUUUCUCUGGGCUGCCGUCGGAGUGGGAAGCCGGCCAGUUACCUCACCCCUUAAUGAUGCAAAGGUUGAAUGUAUUAUUCAGGAGACACUGAAUGAAGAUGGGUCGCAGCAUGAGUGUGGCCCACAACUAGCAGAGGAACUUGAUGAAGUGCAAAGACAUCAGGGUCUUCUGAGGGAGCUGCAGAAGCUGGCUGAUGAUGAGAGAGAAAGGGAGCACGAUGAUGAAAGGGAACACGAUGAUGAAAGGGAGCGAUAUGAAUACAACCUGGCCGAUGAUGAGAGCGACUUUGAUCAGAGGGAUGAGGAGGAGAAGGAGGAGAAGGACGAGAAGGACGUGAGCGACGCCGGUAAAAAGACAGAAGGAAAAGAAGAAGAUGAGGAGACAGAGGAUGAUGACACCAAGGAUAAGAUGACGGAGGAGCCGAGGAUUGAAGACAGAGGACGGGAUGAUGAGGACGAAAGAGCCAAGGAGCUUGAGGAGCUGCUGGCCGAGGAGAUCACCAAGAAAGGAAAAGAGGAGAGGAAUGACGAGGAGCUCAAAGAACUGCUGAAAGAGCUGAAAAAGAAGCGAUACGAAGCGGUGAAGGAGAGGCAGACCCAGAAAGGUUCUGAGAGUGAGCAGAAGGAGGAGGUGGAGGAGAAGAGCAAAAAGCAGGAGAAAAAGAAGGACGGAGAAAAGGUGGAGGACUUGGAGAAGCAGAGGAUCGAGGAGAGGAGGAAGAACGAGGUGGAGCUGAUGGUGGAGAAGGAGAAGGUGGAGAAGGAGCUGAAGGAGCUGGACAGCAAGAACAAGCCGGAGCAGGAGAGGGAGAGGAAGGAGAAGCAGGAGGAGCUGGACGAACUGGUCAAGAAGAUGAAACGAGUGAAGGAGGAGGAGGACCAGGAGGUGCAAGGAGGAGGGAAGAAAGAGGACGGCGAGGGCGAGAAGACGGAGGAGGAGAAGACUGAGAAGAAGGAGGAGGGCGAUGGAGAGAAGGAACCUGAUGAGAGAGCGGAAAAUGAAGUGAAGAAGAAGGAAGAAGCAGCGGUGGAGGUGAAGGAGCCGCUGCAGAAGAGAGUGAUGGAGAAAGCUAGCGAUGAAGCCACACGGCAGUUUGACAGGGAGAGAUACAAGGAUGAGGGGGAGGAGGAAGAGGAGGAGGAGGAAAACGGGGCGGAUGAGGAAGACGAGGAUGAAUACGUCAAAGAGGAUGAGGAGGGACAGGAGGAUGAAGAUAACGAGGAGGGGGAUGCUGAAGAAGAUGAAGGGGAGGAGCUGCUGGAGAUCGAAGCAGAGUUGCGUAAAGUUGCUGCAGAGCUGAGGGAGCUUCGUAGAGGAUAAGACACACACACACACACACACACACACACACACACACACACACACACACACACACACACACACACACACAGUGACGCACACAACAGACUGACAAAACCCUUUCUUGCGUUCACAGUCAAACAUUCAACUCACACAUUUUCCAUUUAACAGCCUUCAAAUCCCUUCAGCACUCAGAGAAAUGUCUUUAGAUGUGAAUCUGUAAAUGGACAUUUGUAGAAACUGUACAUACUGUCGUUCCAUUUCUACUUUUAGAUUUCCUGGAAAAGGCUGUCACUGUUAACUUAUUUGAAUGCACAUUUGCAUUGAAGAAAAAGAGACGCAGUUUCCCAGAGAAUCUGAAAGCUCGUGAUCAUCACUGGUGUCCCUGUCUGAGUACCUGUAAAUGCUGUUUGUAAGGUAGACAGGUGAUUUCACUAUAGUUGUAAUGGAUGCAACACAUUCAGCACUUUCAUUCAAAUGUUAGUUUGAUUGUAGAGUCAUGAAUGCUGGUAACCAGAGCUUCUUUUCUCUGGAGGUCUCAUCUUUGAGAAGGGAAAAACAGGCUCCGUACAAUAAGUAAUAAGUGUAUUUUAAUAUAUAUUUUGUGCAAUAAUUGAUAACUAUGUGUAAGCUGUUCCGACUGUUAACAAUACGUAUUACUAAUAUUUCUACACAGGAGUAAGUGAUUAUUUCCUCUUCAUUUCCUUGACGAUAAAGUAGAAACAGGGAUUGUGUUUCAUUUGGCUCACGCACUGUUAAAACCAGACUGUUUGUGACGAACCCAGGUGACACGAGCAAAAAAAAAACAAAAAAAACCCACACACACACACAAAACGGAGGUAGAUUGUCAUUCUGCGCACCUACAUGUACGUCAGGUGUUCAGUUUGUCUUUUGUGUGGUUGGUUGUGGAAACAGGAUGCGAUGUACUUAGAGCUUACAAGGUCUAAAAGUGUCACUUCGGGUUCUCAGCCAGCUUUGCACUCUUAUCUUAACAAGCCAAGGAGGAGCGGAGGGAAGGAGGAGGGAGACACUAAAGCCAUUUGUUGUCUUUUGGUAACAGCAACACUGACAAUAACACCGUCGCUCCAUCACAGUUUUCAUGGCUGUUCCAUCAUUUGUGUAAAUAUCACAUUUGAGGUCUGUAAGCCAAGGUCAUAGGAAAUAUGAAGCAACAGCGCCCCCAAGAGGACACUGGGUAGACAUGCACACGGUGCAGGAUUGACAGGGUUAUUACUGGAGGCCCACUUUCCGCAAUAAAUAACACAAUAUAGACUACAGCACAUGUGAAUGCAAUAAUUAGCCAAAUAAUGAAUUUCUUGUAUUUUAACAUGUAAUCAAAGUGCAUCAUAUAGUACUCAUAUAGCAAAUAUAAUCUCUCUUUUUUUUCUACACAGCCAAGAAUUACAACACAUUUAUGUAUUCCGACACUGGCAAAGUAGCCGGUGGACUUGUGUAAACAUGUAGUGAUAAAACGCAUUAUCAGUCAACGCUGAGGAGCUCAUUGCUGUCCGUUACAAAGAGAUGUUUGUUCACUUAAAUCAAAAAUGAAUGUACUGUAGUUUUCUUUUUCUAUAGAAGUGCAAAAAUGUUUCCACAAAAUCGAUCCGACAAACCAGCAAACAAAGCUGUGGGAAAUGUCUGUGGUGGGGGUGGCAUACUGGGCAUAGAAGACAGUUCAAACAACUGGGGGGAAAAAAUGAUCAGAAAAACAUCAUUUGUAAUAUUACUGGCCAAUCAGAGUGCUGUAUUUUGUGCCUGCUGUAUCUUCUUCUAUGCUACCUGUCAACCAAUAAACGGAAAGUGUAUCAAACCA